AUGCUGAUCGACUUCGCAGCUGUGGCUGCUGCAAAUCUGUUGCCUCUGCGAUCCGCUCUGGUUAUACCGCAGAGGCGUUGGUGUAGGAAUGCUGGGCCAGAAGGGAGAUCCGGCCAGCCUAGCACCGUCCCCCGGUUUUCUGGGACCCUGGAUAUUGACGACGCUGCUGACGUGGAUCUGCGCAGCAGCAGCGGCGGGGGAGGGCGCGGAGGGGGAAGCGCAUGGGGGGAGGAAGGGGGUGGCGCGCUUGGGGGGGAGCACGGGGGGACGCACGCUUUGCGCCUCUCUAAUGCCACAGAUCGCACGUUCAAGCGAGGGUUUGGCAUGCAGGGCUUUGUGUAUUUCAGCGCAUACCGCAUCUCUGCAAGCGUCUUUGUGGUCAUCGGCCUCUCUCCCCUUCCUCUGCACCGCAACCUCGAUGCUCGGGUGUGCCGCUGGUAUCCUGCGACGUCAUCCUCCUCCCCUAUCCUCGGCGAAAUAUCGAUAGAAUACCCCGGCGAGUCGCACAGCAAGCCGUAUGAGGUGGCAAUGCUAUUCUGCCAGCUCAGCAGCCCCACUCCCAGCACAAGAGAGAGGGGGCGGAGAGGGGACGGGUGGCGGAGUGCUGGGGGCCAUCUGACGGUUGUGAUCGAACGAGAGGAGAUCCUGGUUCUCGGUGAACCGGCCAAUGAGAAGAUGCCUCUUGAGGCCUCAGCCCCCUACGCCAGCAGCAUCACCUACUGCUCUUCGCCCAUCUACGGCCAAUUCAACUCCCUCAGAGUGCUCGAGUGGGUGGUAUACCACCAGCAGGGCCACGGGGUGGACCUGUUCCACAUGUACGACGCGGGCGGCAUGGGCGAGCCUAUAAUGAGGACGCUCGCGCCCUUUAUAAGCGCCGGGCACAUGACUGUAACGGAUGUGACUGAAGUGGACGAGUUUGAGACAUGGUUCGGACAGGUGCUAGUGGUCAACGACUGUGCCUACCGUUCUCUCUUCACCUCCCGAUGGGUCCUCUUCCUCGACUUGGACGAGUACCUCUAUGUCUCGCAGCCCCUCAGCUCUUCCCUUAUCACGGCGCUAGCUAAGCAUGACGAAGCAGCCUACGUGUCAUUCGGCAGUCUCUAUUUCUACACGGACAAGUGCUCGCACUCAAUGAACGUCUCUGCCUCGUCGCCCCCUCGCUGGGAGGUCGAGAGGAUGAUAUUCCGCCAGGCCGACGUGCACUGUGUGGCACCCAAGCGCUACGAGUCAAGAGACAUGUGCCUGGGCUUCGAUGGGCACAGGAAGUACGUUGCGGAUCCAAGAAAGGUCAAGCUGUUCGGGAUUCAUGCAGUGGCCAAAACGGACCUACACGUGAGGGACGUGCAUCUGAACCACUACCGGGCGCUCAACACGAGAGCUAUCCGCUCGUGCACGCAGUUCAUCCACGACACUGACUGGACCCCCGUGUCGUGGGCUAGAGACUUCUCGCUCUCUCAUGCCGCUGUGGCAGAAGCAUGCAGCACCUCCAGCUUCCCGUCAAAAGCAAACUCGGCUGCACUCCUGUCCCAUUCGUCGCUUCCUCCGUCCCUCACUUCCUCCGUCCCUCACUUCCUCCGUCCCUCACUUCCUCCGUCCCUCACUUCCUCCGUCCCUCACUUCCUCCGUCCCUCACUUCCUCCGUCCCUCACUUCCUCCGUCCCUCACUUCCUCCGUCCCUCACUUCCUCCGUCCCUCACUUCCUCCGUCCCUCACUUCCUCCGUCCCUCACUUCCUCCGUCCCUCACUUCCUCCGUCCCUCACUUCCUCCGUCCCUCACUUCCUCCGUCCCUCACUUCCUCCGUCCCUCACUUCCUCCGUCCCUCACUUCCUCCGUCCCUCACUUCCUCCGUCCCUCACUUCCUCCGUCCCUCACUUCCUCCGUCCCUCACUUCCUCCGUCCCUCACUUCCUCCGUCCCUCACUUCCUCCGUCCCUCACUUCCUCCGUCCCUCACUUCCUCCGUCCCUCACUUCCUCCGUCCCUCACUUCCUCCGUCCCUCACUUCCUCUGUCCCUCACUUCCUCUUAUCCUCAGAUGCCAGCAGCAGUCGCCAAUCCCCUGGCCGUGCCAGCAAGCCAUCGUCACAGCGCCACCCGUUCGCCCUCAGCGCCUCACACAACCCGUCAAAUCCCCCUGCCAUGCGGUCAUAAGACGCAUGCAGCACCUCUAA